AUGAGCAAGAAGGAUCUCUUCUUUGGAGAACAGCUGCCAGACGACGUCGUCAGGUCGAAAUUCGGCGCACUCACAUCAUCCAUCACGGCAUGGUCGGGCGCGUUUGCAUGUGUAGGACCCGUCGCUCCCGCUGCGUUGCGGGAAGAGCAUCGCCCCCUCUACAGGAAGGCCAUGAUCCUCGGCGCCACCGGCACCCUUGAUUCGCUGCACAACGCGUUCCAAGAGAAGAAGCACCGCAAGCUCUUUGUGAGAGGCUGGGCGGCAUACGCCAUGUGCGAUGCAGUUUUCCGUACUUUCCAAAGGGAAACGCAUCCCGGAUCCAAGGCCUUGAAUUGCUUUGGGGACAUGCUGUCGUCGGAAACCAUUAGAACGUGGGAGGAUAUUAUCAGAGGUGAUGAAACCUGA